AUGGCAUUAUUUGGUACAUUUGAUCCGGAGAUGUUAAAAAUGCCGUUAGGUUUUAUAAAAGUUUUACAACUACCUUUUGCUUUGAUAGCAUUCACAACAAUGGAUGGAUGGGGAUUCUUAUUAGAAUAUAAAUGUAAUGAUGGUUCUAUUCAAAAAGCUAUUAUUGAUAGAUUUUCUUUGUCAUCAAUUAUUUUACCAAUGUGUAAUGGUACAAAAACUAAUCUUUGGGAACACUCAUUUGGUGGAACGGCAUUAUUUUUUGGUUUGAUUUCAUUAUUUUCAAUAAUAUUUAUAGCAUUACUACUUUUUAUUUAUCUAUUUAAUCUUGAAUUAUAUGCUACUGAUAAUCGUUUACCACAUGCUGAUUGUAUCACCACAGGUGUUUUGGGAAUUUGUUGGGUUCUCGUCGCAAUAAGCUGGUGGUCUGCAACUUCAAAAGUCUUAGAAGAUACAACUAAUGAAAAUAUUCUUAAACUGCUUAAUGAAAAACAUUUUUGUGGAGAAAAAGAAUGUAUAAGCGGAUCAUAUUCUCAUAGUUCUACAUUAACAAUUUCUGUGCUUGCAGCAUGGGGAUGUGCUAUUUUAUUUUUUUCAAAUAUUUGGUUUACAUACAAAGAAACUGAUUGGUUUAAAAAUCGUCAACCAUUUCCAGAACCACAAAUGACAAUUUAA